UGGGAUUUUUUCCAAGAAAAUUGGGCUGCCAAACAAGGCCUUAGGUGUGAGGAAAUUUUGUUGAGAGCACUGUAGCAGGAACCACAGAACUACAUAGCGAUUGCACGCUCAGUUCAUUUCCCUUCAUCUUCCAUGCAAGAGACCCCGAUUGCGUUUGCCCUCGCCGCCAUUGAUGAAAUCCCAGCUCGCUCUCUUAUCAAUUCAAGCUCAGCCACUCUCAUCCGUCUUAACUCUUAACCUUCCCUGGUAAGAGGAUACUGCGGGCAUUGAAAAAGAGAAAUCAGGCGGGCGAUCCAAUGCUGGAUUCUAAGGACUUCACAUGGCGAAUCGCAAAUUUCUCGAAGCUGGAAGAGGAGAUCUAUUCCGAUGCAUUUGUCGCCGGCGGUUACAGAUGGAGAGUGCUCUGCUUUCCAAAAGGAAAUGAAGUUGACUUCCUUUCCCUGUAUCUGGAUUUUGCUGACUGGGAAACGAUGCCUGCUGGAUGGAGUAAGUACGUGGAGUUCAGCAUUACUAUUGUCAACCAAGUCAAUGGCCGCCUCUCCAGAAAGUUCUGUUCCAAACAUGUUUUCAAGGAACAAGAGGAGGAUUGGGGAUUCACAUCUUUUAUUCGCCUCGAUGAGCUUCACAGUCGUCGUAAAGGAUUCCUUGUGGAUGAUACCCUAGUGAUCAAAGCUCGAGUCACCAUGGAAGCAGAGGUACCAAAAUCUGCAGGUGGUCCAGAAGUCGCUGAGCCUGAAUCGGAAAAUGAAUCUAAAGGUGUUCCAUCUACGCCACCAUUAUCCAGAAACAAGGUUGCUCGAACCAGCACCAUCACAAGUCCAUGCUCAUCAAUUGUGAAGUUAACUUCAAAGAACCUGAUAGCAGAACUUUCAACUAUGACAAGUAGUGGGGAAUUGACAUCUUCAGUUAAUGGAAUCCCGGGUUCAAAUGCAGAACACACUGUGUCAGGUUUAGUCCAGCAACAACUAGAAAAACUGAACGAGUUCUUCGGAAUGUCACUCGAGGCUAUCAGUGAGGCCAAUUCCUUUGACCAAGUUCAGCAAGUUGUCCUGAAAUUUGCUGAGCACAAUUCUGAUCCGAUCAAGAAGAUGGUGCUUAAGGACUUAGUAUCACGCCUUGUAGAGUUUAGAGACAGCAUCCCGAGGUCUCUGUCCAUUAUUGAAACCUCUAGCGAUGUUGAAAAGUCCACUGUGCAGGCAACAAAGGAGCUGGAGGGAAAGCUAGUUCAGAGGCAGAAACAACUAAAGUUCCUUGAGUCAGAAGUUUCGAGGAUAGAGGAGGAGGAGAUGAAGGUAGAGGCGGAAAUCCAACUGUUGGGGGCUCUCAGAGAAAAGUUAGUUAAUGAGAAGAAUUUGACAGUAGGUGAAAUGGAGGUGGCCAACAGAGAGGCUUCCAAGGAACUAGGUGAACUGAAGGGGAAACAGUUGGAGCGAAAGCAAGCUAGUGAGAACAGGCUGAGAGCUAAGGAAAGACUAGCUCAGUCCAAUGCUAGCUGGAAGCUUUUCAAGGAGAACCUGGGACUGUAAGGGAGAACAUAACUGACUCUUGUAAGAUGAAUGGUAGCAAGAUAAACUAGUUGGACGGCAUUAUGUUAAAAGUCAUCCACUUUUGCUGUCUUUUGUUUCAUGUAUGUACAGGUGGCAAUUCUGACAGAUGUAAAUAUAAACCCACAAGAUAUGCUACCAUUCUACUUCACUUCUGGUGCUGCAUCAGCCUUGUUCACCAUCGCUUCUUCUUCUUCUUCCACCUUCGGCCUUGCAUCCUUCUCCUUGGCAGCUUGUAGUGCUUCAACCAAUUCCUUCAAACACGCAUCUGUUGCAUCUUCAUCGUCCGAUUUUGGCAUCAAAUUCUCUGCAACAUCAGCAGGAGUCAUCUUCGUCUCCCCCAGGAGAACCUCAAUGUCUGCAAACAACUCAUGUGCCUCAAUAUCCAAGUAGUUCCUCGCCAGCAGCUUGAACGCCUCGAAAGAACAGUAAGACAUCUCUAUAUGCUUGUCCAUCCUCCCUCUCCUAAUCAAUGCCGGAUCCAGCUUGUCGACGUAGUUCGUUGUGAACACGAUGAUUCUCUCCCCUGCACAGGCGGACCAUAUCCCGUCGAUGAAGUUCAGUAGACCCGAUAACGUGACCUUGCUGUCGUCGCUCUUCCCCUCCGCAUUCUCCGCGUCCUUUUUAGCUUUGGCCAGAGGUUCUUUCUCGUUCUCUGCUUCAUCUCCAUCCCCCUCCCCGCUCUUUCCCGCUUUCUUCUUGCCCUUACGCUGGCCGGUGAGGUCAAGCGAACAGUCGAUGUCUUCGAUCACGAUUAUCGACUUGCUCGUCGUCUCAAUCAACAGCUUCCUUAGCUCGGAGUUGUCCUUGACCGUCGUCAGCUCCAGAUCGUAUAUGUCGUAGUUCAAGAAAUUGGCCAUGGCGGCAAUCAUGGUGGACUUCCCCGUUCCUGGGGGUCCGUAGAGGAGGUACCUGGCUUCCAAGCUUUGCCGAUCUUGUUGUAGUAGUGUUUCCCCUGACUGAACUUGAUGAGAUCCUUCUUAAUCCCUUCCUUGGCCUGCUCCGCCAUAGCCAGAGUAUCAAAGCAGGCGGGGUGUUCAAAGACGAUAUGGCUCCACUUGGUAGCUUUCCACCCAGACCAAUCCUUGCUGGGAUUGUUGGUGUAGAGCUUCCUCUGCCUUUUCCUGGACGCAAUCGCCUUCCCUUCCUUCAGCACGUGAGCUAUGUAAUCGCUGGUGACGGCUUCGCGGUGGCGCCUGUGGACUGUGAGCGUGAAGUAUCGCUUGUCGGCGGCAGGGUACAGUGACAGCGACUGCGAUUUGCUUAUGGUCAUGCCGGAGGACCACCAAACCUUAACGCCGUCAAAGACGUCGACGACUUCCUCGUGAUCGUCCAUCGAGAGGAGGACGGACUGGGUGCUGUCUUUGACGACGUCGGCUUUCAGGCGCUUCGCGGAGGCAGAGGAAUGGGCGGUGAGGUAGUUCUGGAUGGUGACGUAGGCUUCGCUCCGUUUGAGGCGGUCGGCGGUGAACUCCGGGAAGGUGAUUUGGAUGUAAGGGUAGAAGAUGGCGGUUAGCUUGAGGAUGUAGCGGUCGAGGGAUCCGCGGAGGUUGUAAGGGAGGUACUGCUGGAACAUUGCCCAACCGAACAUUAGGGCGGCCAUUGCUGAGCCUACGUUGCUCAAGAGCUCCAUUGCUGCUACGGGUGGAAGGAUGAGAUGUGGAGAAAUGAAAAUGGAUGCUCAGAAAAACAGAGCUUCCUUUAUAGUUGGUGUUCAGAAUCAGAGCUGACAUUUCGUACAGAGAGGAUUCGUGGGAGUAGCCUGCCAGUGGGGUUGGUGAGUGAUUUCCAGGAAAGAGACGAGG